AUGGACGCUGAAGCGCCGGGCCGGGGUGUGCAGGGGGUGGGAGGGGUCGUGCUGUGGGGCGGGCUUGACGACCUGGUCCCUGCAACCUGCCGUGGAGUGCACGAGCGCAUCUUUUUGGUUGCAAAGCCCGAUGGGGCGCAGCGGCGGCUGGUGGGAGAGAUCGUGCGGCGCUUUGAGAGGAAGGGCUUCAAGCUCGUGGCACUGAAGAUGGUGCAGGUCUCUGAGGAACUGCAGCGGGAGCAUCUUGCGGACCUUCGCAGAUGCCCCUUCUAUGGUUGCUUGCUCAAAUACAUGGGCUCCGGGCCCGUGGUGGCCAUGGUAUGGCAGGGGCUGGACGUUGUGUGAGCCUCGAAGGCCCUUGUUGGGGCCACAGACCCACUGGAUGCUGAACCUGGCACCAUCUGCGGGGAUUUCUGCAUAGAGGUUGGCAAGAACUUGAUCCACAGCAGCGACUCCGUGGAGAGUGCCCGUCAAGAGACCGAACUCUGGUUUCGCAUGGAGGAGAUACUGUGCUGGAAGGACAGCGCCUCACACUGGUUAUAUGAGUAG